GUUCUUCACUGAUCCAGUAUAAUAAACUCUCUUUCACAAAAGUUUUUGAUUAAGAGAAUGGGUUUUGCUAGCUUCACCGAUGAGUACACUUCUCCAGUAGCUCCAUCAAGGCUCUUCAAGGCAUCCAUCACUGACUCCCACAACUUGAUUCCGAAACUCUUGCCACAAGGCAUUAAAAGCAUUGAGCUUGUUCAAGGUGAUGGAGGAGCUGGAAGCAUCAAGCAAGUCAACUUCAUUGACGGCCGCGAGUUCAAUAGUGUAAAGUACCAUAUUGACGAGCUGAGUGAAGAAAAGUACACUUAUAACUAUACAUUACUAGAAGGAGAUGCCUUGGUGGAAAAGCUUCAAAAAAUAACUUACGAGGUUAAGUUUGAAUCAUCACCUAGUGGCGGUACUAUCUCUAAGGUGACAAGCAAGUACUACACUGACGGGGAUUUCAUGCUCAAGGAAGAGGACAUCAAAGCAGGCAAAGAAAAGUCUUCUGUCCACUCGCUCUCCAGUGAUUCUUAUUUAUGA